UCAGCUGUGUAGCUGACUGGCAGAAGCUUUGUUUGUGUUUCGCCAUCAUCUGUGUCAGUGGACUAACUGUUGGCAUUCACAACAUUUUUUCCUCGGAAAAUUUGUGUGAACCAACGAAAUUUCGUCACGGCGACCCGUUAGCAAGCCUGGCCUCGAGUGGAGAGUCCGACGACGGUGGACUAGCUCCGCCACCGCGAAAGAAGUCACGUCCUUCUUUGGAGACUACAAUGCAGCAACCAGCAAAUGGCUGUUCCCAACACAAUGGAGCCUCUGACGACGAUCGCAUCCCAUCUUCGUCCGCCCAACAAAAUGGCACUGAUAACGUUCCACACAGUCCAUCUCUCAAUGGAGAUAUAUCUCCAAAACGAUUGGAUAGAACAGACUACGAAAUUGUGCGACUUAUCGGACAACACUUGAGAAAUAUAGGUCUCAAUCAUACGGCUGAAGUGCUGAUUCAAGAGUCAGGUUGCCGCCUUGAUCACCCGGCCGCUGCCAAAUUCCGUCAGCAUGUCAUGGACGGUGACUGGAAUAAGGCUGACAAUGACUUGAACGAGCUGAAGUCUUUGUUGGAGGGUUCAUCAAACAGUUUAUCCCAAAUGAAGUUUCUGCUGCUGGAGCAGAAGUAUCUGGAAUACCUGGAGGAUGGACGAGUGUUGGACGCGCUGCACGUGCUGCGUAACGAGCUGACUCCACUGCAGCACAACACAGCACGUGUGCAUGAGCUGUCCAGUUAUAUGAUGUGCAGUGAGCGGGAAGAGCUGCUCAUGCGGACUGGUUGGGACGGAAAGGGAAGCAAGUCUCGCACUUCACUUAUGGACAAACUGCAAGAGUUUCUGCCACCUACAAUCAUGCUGCCGCCAAAGAGGUUAGACACACUCCUGAACCAAGCAAUCGAGCUACAAAAACAUCGCUGCCCUUAUCACAAUUCAAGCGAUGACUUGGGUCUCAAAAGUGUAUCUCUACUCACCGACCACUACUGCUCAAAAGAACAAUUUCCAUGUGAAACGCUACAAGUGCUCAACGACCAUUGUGACGAAGUUUGGUACUGUCGCUUUUCUCCAGACGGUCGCAAACUUGCCACUGGCUCCAAAGAUACAACUGUCAUCAUCUGGGAUGUUGACCCUGACACCCUGACCUGCCAUCACCGCAAGACGCUGGAAGGCCACUCGUAUGGGGUAGCUUACCUGGCCUGGUCACCUGACGGGUCUCACCUGAUAGCCUGUGGCCCCGAGGACUGUCCCGAGUUGUGGAUAUGGAACAUCGAGACGGAGGAGCUGCGUGUUAAAGUCUCCCACUCUCCUGAGGAUUCUCUGACGUCGUGUAGCUGGCAUCGCGACGGCAACAAGUUUGUCACAGGCGGCAUCCGCGGACAAUUCUACCAGUGUGAUAUCGAGGGGAACGUGGUGGACUCGUGGGAAGGUGUGAGAGUCAACUGUUUGUGGUGUCGCUCGGAUGGCAAGACUGUCUUGGCUGCAGACACACAUCACAGAGUGCGGUCGUACAACUUUGACAUGCUCACCGACCAAAAUAUCCUGCAUGAGGAUCACCCGGUGAUGACGUUUAGUGUGAACAAGGCUGACAGGUUGGCACUACUGAACGUGGCCACUCAGGGUGUCCAUCUGUGGGACUUGCAGGACAAGGUGUUGGUACGCAAGUUCCAGGGCGUAACACAGGGUCACUUCACAAUACACAGCUGUUUUGGUGGCGCCAACCAGGACUUUGUGGCCAGCGGCAGUGAAGAUAACAAAGUGUACGUGUGGCACAUGAAGAGAGAACUGCCCAUUGCUACGCUGUGCGGUCACUCUCGUACAGUGAACUGUGUGGCUUGGAACCCUGUCUACCACUCAAUGUUGGCCUCAGUAAGUGACGAUUACACAGUGAGGAUCUGGGGACCGGCACAACAAUACCGCAACAAUCCCUCACCCUCACCUCACAGGCCAGGCUUUUCCGGAGAAGGUUCUUCUUCGCCGUCCUCAAACGGAACUUCAUGGCCCGACAUGGUCUCGUAGUUUUUGCCUUUUCAUCAAUUAUUGUUAUAGCUUUACAAUUGAUUCAUCUUUCAAAUUGUUUUAUUUUGAGUUGAACUUUCAUGAAAAGGUUUAUUUAUUUUCACUUUAAUUUUAAAUAUAUAUAUUUAUAUUUACAGAUGUUUGUUUUUAUAUUUGGCUAAAUAGGUAUUUGUUUGUAUCAAACAAGUAAAAAUAUAUUAGAAAUUCUUUGCGGUUGACUCGUAGCUUUUAUUGGCGUGGAAGAUUAAAAUCUAUCUGUUUUUUUUUAUAAAACCUUAUUUAACUAUUUUAUAAUCUACUACGUCUUGGUUUUAUUUAAAAUUGUUUUUUUAAUUAAUUAAUUGAAAGUUAACCCAUUAUUGUUAGUUAAGUAUUGAAAUGUGCCUGGACUCUUGUACAACUAUGGAACACCUAAUAUUGACGACCUUGCUUGAAAGAUGUCUACUUUUGAAAAGUGACAAAUGACUGAUCUUCUAAUUUUACUGCUCUUGAAAAGAUUUGCAUUGCCAUAAUUUUCCAAGGUCAUUUAGAUGGAAUAGGAGGUGUGCUCUCGUCCAACUUUAAAUAAUUAUCCGAAGCUUUACAAUAAUUCCAAAAUUUUGAAACUGAAUUGAAUGACUUACUAUAACAAUAGGAUUAUUAUGUACAAGGAUAGGGAUCAGCUAGCUUACCUGGUAGAUAGAGUCCAGAUUAGCCUUGAUUACACAUAAAACACAUGACACAACACAGAAAAACUUAAUAUUUCGUCCCAGUUAGGGACUUCAUCAGAAGGGAGAAGAAAGAAAACUCCAUGUGUUUUAUGUGUAAUCAAGGCUAAUCUGGACUCUAUCUACCAGGUAAGCUAGCUGAUCCCUAUCCUUGUACAUAAUAAUCCUAAUCAGCCAAUUGGCCUUUCCUUAACUCCUUACUAUAACAAUAUCGAUUUAUUGUAAUAUCUGCUGAUGAAUGAUAAAAAAGAAUUUAUAUAAAAUAAAAAUAUUAUUUAUUAUUUAUUGUAAAAACCGUUUGUGAUUGUCUUAAUUUGUUAUUUUUUAAAUCAUAAAUUGUUUGGAUACAUUUCAAGUCAGGAUAUAUUAAUUUUAUCUUAUAAUUGCUGUGAUCAUAAAACCAUGUCAAAUUAGGGCCCAGGAACUUAGUUGGUGGUUCUUUUUAUUUUGUUUGUAGGUGCAUUUAAAAAUAACUGAUUUGACAAGAUUAAGUGGCCUUAAAGAACAAGGUACUGUGUAAUAUAUCAGUUUUGCUAUUUCAUUUUUACUUUCAUUGCACAUAUCUGGAUUUUAUCUCGCAUAAAUUUUACUUUUAAAUGUGUUAUUACAAAAGUAUAAUUUAGUGUAGUAUUAUAUGAUUCAUAUUUUUAUCAGCACGAAAUAUUUAUUUAAAUCCACUCUUAAUUGCUUGUAAUAAUUUGUGAAUAUUAAACAAAAUAAUUUUGUUUAUAUUUAUUUUAAUACUUUGUGUGGAUUUUUAAAUAGGUACUAUUGAGGCAAUAUUUGUACUUCCAGUAAAUAUUUUGUACAUGUUUUAUUGGUAAUAAUGUACUUGUACUUUUAAAAUGAUAUGAGGAAAUAAUAACACUAAAGAAAGCAAUGUUUUCUUUUAAUUUUCACAAUGUAAUUGAUAAAUCAAAUUAAAUAAACUAUGUUUUAUAUGGCUGA